GCUUUGACCGUUGUUAUGCAGAGUUAUUGUGGUCAUAGACAUGUGAAUUUAACUCAUUCUGCUGAUACAAGUGUGAGUUGUUUAAAUGACUAGCAUUUAAAAUGUAUUGAGUGGAGCGGUAUGUUUAUCUCUGGUUGUUGUAGGUUAUUAUUCUAUUCUCAUUGAGCCAUCGACUCACGCUUUCUUGUAUCUUUUCUAUUCCAGAUUCUUAUAUGGUGCUGUCCAUAAUAUUUCAACACAUAACAUACUUCCAAGUUGGACGUAAACUUAUCGAAGGCUCAAGAUGUCAUCGGAUGAAAUGUUCUCGUUUCCAGUUACUAUACUUGAUGGUCCCCAUGGUGAGGAAAAUUUCGAGAUGGCGCGUGCUCGUAUUUGGCAGCUAAGUUGCAAGUCUGGUUGGAAUUUCGACCGACUUGUUGCUGAUUUAACUCCAUCUAGUCAGUGCGAGCUAACUUUUGAGAUGAUUCAUAUGGUGUCGUACGUUAAAAAAGUUGCUCCGCCUGGAACGCUGAGUGUUUUUCCGUCACCAUUUCAAAGUGCCGAGUCAUGGAUCAGGGACAGAUGGAUUUUUCGAGAGAACAACUCAGCUAAAUCUAUGGAACAUACUUUACCACUUAAAAAGGGAUUAAGAACCGCUGAUCCUGUAUCUCCCUCAAACCGUGCCUUUAAUAAUGAAGAACUGAAGAAUAAGAAAGUAAUGAAAGUUGACCAGGAUCCGACUAUGACAGUGUCGAUACCUACCGUACACAGAGCCAAUCGUUCACUCCCUGGAUUUCAAACUAUUUUACAAUGUGGGAAGACACUUGACGAUGAUACUUUAUUGGGGAAGACUGACACAGAAACGUCUUAUGAAUAUCCUAGCUUAUCGCUAAUUCAUACGUCGAAUUCACAGCAAGAAACCUUGCAUUAUCCGUCUGACUCACCUCCUUAUAUGCUUGUCCAGAGAUCAAGAGAAUCACUGGAGAAGAAUUAUAAGUCGUCUUCAAAACAGAUUUCUACUAGAGGUCCUCUUAAAAUUGAUAGUGGCUCCAAACGAAAUAAUAGUGGACAUUUUCUUAUGGAUAGUGAAAAAAGCCGAAACCUGAUAAACUCAGAAAACACCGAUAUCGGUCAGUCGAAAUCAAAUAUGCUGAAUAUAUUUUAUGAUCCGUUGGGAUUAGAAACAACUAAUUGUGAUGACAAUGGUUAUCCGGUAGUUGACAGUAUUAAAAAAAUGUCUAAUCCUUCACAUAGUUUUCAUCCAUCUGAUGGCAAACAUAAUCUGCUUGAAUCCAAAGACAAUGCUCUAAAUGUUAUUAGCACAAAAAUGAAUGUUUGUAUGGAUGAUACGUUUUUAUUGGAAUUUUUAGACAGAAAUUUGACUGGAACUGAUUCCAAAACUAAUGUCGAUUUCGCCGAACGAUGUGGUUUAAAUUCUCCAACAGCUUUUGUCGAAGAUAUGAUUAAAAAAGCACAGAAAACUCUAAAUCAUCAGUAUAAAUGCUAACAGUUUUUUAAUUAACUUUCCAUUCCGUUUUUUCUGUAUUAAUCUCAACUGCAUUGAUAUACCAUAGAACAGUCCGACGUUUUACUGCGGGUGUUUCGAAUUCUGAUUUGUCUUAGUUGUAAUCUUCUAGCAUAUCUAUAUCUAUCCUUAAAUUUUCCUUAAGUCACUAUAGUAAUUCGAGUUACGAAAUCCAUUUUGAUAACUAUAUUUUAAUGAGAGGUUAAAUGUUAUUAAAACCAUGUGAUACAUAAAUAGGGUUAAUCUAAAUUAUAAAUUAAGAUGUUAAGAAAUUUAUGUGCUGGUGUACUAAUGUCGUGUUUAAUUGCUCUUAUGGCAACCUAAUUUGGUUCAAACUCCAGUCUGAUAACUCAUAAAAAUGCUCGUGAUAUAUGACCACAAUGUCUUAGCUUUAAAAUUUAUGCGGUAAAGAUACUCAUCAGGAAUUCGUAAAAAAGUACUUGGAUGCUACAGUAUUCGUUUUCGUCAAUUCACUAACUGAAUCGCGUCCAUUUAUUUUUUCUUCUAUUCUAUAUUCUGAAGUCUGAAAUAUCUUGUCUUGUCUGUAAAUUGAAUGUCAUUUAUGUAUUCUUAGGUAUGUUCUCAUGUACGCUUCGCAGUGUAGUUGCGUGAAUUAAUUCAUGUGCAUGUAAACCAGAGAUUUACUGAAAUGCGAAAUCGAACUCAUCUUGAUCAUUUUUGAGUGAACCCGGUUUACAUUUAAUAAUGUUUCUCACUUUCCGUUUUCUACAUUUUUGUUUAUGUUUUACAAAAUCUAUUUUGAACGCAUGUGUGAAUCUUUCGAUAAUUUUAAGAAUAUGUAUUUUCAAGUAGUGUAGAUUGUAAGUUAGUGAAUUCUACUAAAUGGGAAGCUAAAAUUUUGAAUUAAGAACAUGCGAUGAUUAGGCUAACUAAAGUUUAUUUGAUUUAAAUAUUAGGCAUAAAACAAUGUAAGUUGGUUACUCAUUUUGAGGAAAAGAAAUUGGAGUAUAUUGACUCUUAUGCUGAAAUAAAGUUUUGUUAUCGAUAAAUAGGUAUUUCACAUGAAUAGUGAAUCGAAUCAUAAAAUAAAACCAAAGAUGAGAAUUGUGUAUUUUAAAGAUUUGUUUAAGAAAGUGCGAAAAAAUCACUCAAAUGUUGAAGCGUCCCAAAACAUGUUUAGGGUGUCAAAUAUGUAAUUCAUAAUGGGUUUACCAUGCAUCGCAUUUUGUAACAGGAUUCAUUGGUGAACCAACUGGACAACCAUAUGCACGUGCGAAUCUCCUACUAUUGACCAACGCCCCGAUCACUCUUUCAAGGUAGAGAAAACAAAAUUAUUUCGUUAGUUUGUAGAGCUGUAAACUAAAUACACAGAUACUGUAAAGUUUGCUAACUGAAACUACUGUUUUCUGAUAAAGAUUGUGAAAGGUUAAUCAGAUUCAAGGUAAAGUAGGCGACUUUCAGUGCAGUUCUAG